AUGUCUUCGCAGGAGCCCCCUUAUGAUCCCUAUAUCCCCAGCGGCCAGACCGGCACGCAGCAAGCCGGCGGUGCCGGUGGCAACGCCAGAACCCAGGCUCUGCAAGCUCAAAUCGACGACACGGUCGGUGUCAUGCGCGACAAUAUCAAUAAGGUUUCGCAGCGUGGUGAGCGUCUGGACGCCCUCCAGGACAAGACGGACAACCUUGCCGUUUCGGCGCAGGGCUUCCGUCGUGGAGCCAACCGCGUACGCAAGCAGAUGUGGUGGAAGGACAUGAAGAUGCGCAUGUGCAUCAUCAUUGGUGUAAUUGUUCUUCUGGCCAUUAUCAUCAUUCCCAAGGCUGAAGAGAAUGCAGCCAAGCCGGACAAUGUCGGCAAGGUAGAGUCUAGAAUGCAAGGUGCUUCUCCACGUGUGCUUAAAACCCAAGUCUUUUCAGCGGGACCUGAGAGGAGCAGAGGAAAAGUGCCGGACCAGGGUGAGAAAAAAGCACGCACGAUGUGGGCAAACGGAAUAAAGGCGAAGGCUGCGCAAUAUAGUUGCGAGCACGCAAAUUCCGAGCAACCAUAG